GCCUGAUAAGUUUUAUGCAAAUUCCUCAGGUAAUGUGGAAGUGACACAGCUAGAGAACAUGUACCCGUGCCCACCGCCGUUGAGCACAGAGAAAUACCCCGUAAUGACGUCGCAAGUGAUCCUCGCCGAUGUACAAGACACGCUGACGCCUCGCGCUAUUGAAUACCUUGACAAGCUGCGAGAUGACGAAGUUGAAUUGCUUCUGACUAUCCCGUCUGGUACAAAAACAGCUUCGAGCGGCAGCGCUGUGGUUCUUACUGUGAAGCAGAACAAGGAAGUGGUGAACCGCAAAGUCGCGGACAUGUCCAAGCCGGAUUGGGAGAAGCUGCAGGCGCAAGGCGUUGAUGUUGUCGAGUUCGUCUAG